AUGGACUCCACGAAGAGCACAGCCGAAACACAGCCGCUGAUGAGCGACGACACGCAGGUCACCCCCAUUACGACUCCGACUAGCCAGCAGGCCGCGCCUGCCCAGAUGAAGGUGGACGAGGAGACGAUCGAGGAGAAGUAUGCGCACCAGCUGGCCGACAUGGGCGAGCGCUACAUGAUCGCGGUCGACGGGUCGAAGCAGUCAGGCAAGGCCUUCAAGUGGCUCCUCAAGCAGGUCGCCAUGGCGGGCGACCCGUCCAAGGUGGAGGUGGUCAUCAUCAACUUCCUGCCCGAGUGCGACUUCAGCAUCGAGGUGAGCCAGGAGUAUCAGAAGGCCAAGCACGAGCUCGCCCACUGCCUCGAAGAGUACAAGCGGAUACUCGGCACCAUCAACAGGCACGAGAAUCGUUUCUACAUGACUGACCAUGUGGCGAGCGUGGUGCGGUUGGUCGAGGGCGCGGGCGACGUGCGCGAGGCCCUGUGCAGGCACGUGAAGGAGGAGGGUAUCAACACGCUGGUCAUGGGCAACACCGGCAAGUCGGGCCUGCAGCGGGUGCUGCUGGGUUCCCUCAGCGAGUACUGCGUGCGCUACGCCGAGUGCGCCGUCGUGGUGGUCAAGUGA